AAAAAGCCUCAUCCUCUUCUCAUAUAAAGUACCUCUGGCCCUGAGUUGCUUCUGCCGCCCCUUCUUCGUUAUUAUACUUUUGCGCCACUCCCGUACAUCUCGUCCCUGUACGCAUGCUGUCCGUUGCUCCUAUCACCUUUGUGGCUGACCGUGUCCUCGUAGAUCUCUCCUCGACUGUAUGGCCAUCGCACUCAUGCACACGGAAACCCCACCGCUUGGCCGUCAUCUUUAUUCCGUCCCAGAACCCUCUUCCUCCUCUGGCUCAAGCCACCGCAGAGGCACGCAGCCGACCAUUGGUGGAGAUAUGACUGAAAAGGGGAAGGGUGGUUCGAGAGAGCCUGUAGACUUUCCGCAUACGAGCAAUGAUGAUGUGCUGCAACCUCUUUCCGUUCGGAUCCUCCGAAAGUCCCACACACGCUCGCACUCUACCUCUUCAUUCACAUCACGUCCCACCGUUGCUGCCCCCACCCACAGAGAACGCUUUGUGUCCAUCUCAGAGAGGUCAAGUUCAUCUAAAUCUACAUCCCUCCAUCAAUUCCUAACUGCCCCUCGCGGUCUUAUGCCCAAACCUGUGCCUGUCCAUCCAGUCGAGACCGUAGACGCAGAAGAGACUAUUGGCGCCUUCUCGUUAACGAGCUGUCCGCGCCGCCACCUCCACCACCUUUUGAGCACAGCUCCCCGGUCAUGGAACCUGAAGCACAAGCCAGAACGUCUCCGAGUUGACUUUGACUUUGCUCCUGACACCUCGCAGACACAGCACGAGUCCUCAGACGGUUCGCCCCCGCUCUCGCCCAUCCCCUCCAUCUGUCGCACGCCAUCCUCGUACUCCUCCGAGUCUGAGUACUUCCCCAGCCCACCCUCAUCCGCGGGCCCCGCGACACCGGUGCACUCGGCGACCGUCUCGCCAGUGCUGCCACAAAGCCACCUGCGCCCCAUCCUAGAAGCCCUCGAAGAUGCCAGCAAGUUCUGCGUCCGCACCGCCUGUGCCUCAUGCGGCACGGUCGGCUCGAAUUACCCCUGCUGCCCGCGUUGUAAUGAGAUGUGGUGCUCGCGCGAGUGCCGUCUCAAAAGCACGGGUGGCAAGAGGCAUAUCUGCAAGAAGACUUAAACGUCUCCCAGUCAUCUACUCGCCUCACUCACUCUGUAUAGGACCUCUCAAAAUAUUUCAUAUGCUUUAUUCACUCACUUUCUACAGUAUCUACAUCUACUCUAAGAUUUCUCUUAAAUUGAUAGAUUUAGGGAAGGGAUGGAGGAUUUGCUGACUGCUGCUUCUAGUCCUGUCGAUAAUGCUAUCUCACUGCUUUGUACUUCCUUAGCACUUUUCCCAUGCAUACCUUUGGCGUGGAAUCCCCAUCGCCUUUUCGUUUGCAGUUUUCCAGCGUCCCGCGAACCUGGGGUGUUUGACGCGAUUGAAUAGCCCCCCAAACUCUAUCACAGAUACGUGCACCCCUGCUUCUUCGCGUGUCGUGGUC